GCUGGGCGGCCGCCACCACAUCCUCCUACUUCUUUUCCUCCUACGAGUCCAAGCGAGCCGAGCCGGGCCGGGGCCAAGCCGAGGGCUCCGACGGCGCGGGCGGAGCGGGGCACAGAGUCAUGGCGCACCAGACCGGCAUCCACGCUACCGAGGAGCUGAAGGAGUUCUUUGCCAAGGCGCGGGCUGGUUCUGUGCGGCUCAUCAAAGUCGUCAUUGAGGACGAGCAGCUCGUGCUGGGUGCCUCGAGGGAGCUGGUGGGCUGCUGGGACCAGGACUAUGAUGGGGCCGUGCUGCCGCUGCUGGAUGCCCAGCAGCCUUGCUACCUGCUCUACCGCUUGGACACGCAGAACGCCCAGGGCUUCGAGUGGCUCUUCCUCGCCUGGUCACCUGAUAAUUCCCCUGUGCGGCUGAAGAUGCUGUAUGCAGCCACACGGGCCACAGUGAAGAAGGAGUUUGGGGGCGGCCACAUCAAGGAUGAGCUCUUCGGGACUGUGAAGGAUGACCUCUCCUUUGCUGGGUACCAGAAGCACCUGUCAUCCUGUGCGGCGCCCGCCCCGCUGACCUCAGCCGAGAGAGAACUUCAGCAGAUCCGUAUUAACGAGGUGAAGACAGAGAUCAGUGUGGAGAGCAAACACCAGACCCUGCAGGGCCUGGCCUUCCCUCUGCAGCCUCAGGCCCAGCGGGCACUUCAGCAGCUCAGACAGAAGACAGUCAACUACAUCCAGCUGAAGCUGGACCUGGAGCGGGAGACCAUCGAACUGGUGCACACAGAGCCAACGGACGUGGCGCAGCUGCCAUCACGGGUGCCCCGAGAUGCUGCCCGCUACCACUUCUUCCUCUACAAGCACACCCAUGAGGGUGACCCCCUGGAGUCUGUGGUGUUCAUCUACUCGAUGCCUGGCUACAAGUGCAGCAUCAAGGAGCGCAUGCUCUACUCCAGUGAGAGCCGCCUCCUCGAUUCCGUGGAGCAGGACUUCCAGCUGGAGAUCGCCAAGAAGGGCCCCUGCCGUGCCCGGCACCCCCUUUCUCUCCUGGUGCAGGCGGUGGCACUGGCUGCAGCCCUGGCCCAGGGCACCCUGCCUGCUUUCCUGCCCUGUGAACUCCAGCCCCACGGCCUGGUGAACUGCAACUGGUUGUUCCUGAAGUCCGUGCCGCACUUCUCGGCUGCGGCGCCCCGGGCCAAUGUCACCAGCCUCUCUUUGCUCUCCAACCGCAUCCACCACCUGCAUGACUCCGACUUCGCCCACCUGUCCAGCCUGCGGAUCCUCAACCUCAAGUGGAACUGCCCGCCGGCCGGCCUCAGCCCCAUGCACUUCCCCUGCCACAUGACCAUCGAGCCCAACACCUUCCUGGCCGUGCCCACCCUCGAGGAGCUGCACCUGAGCUACAACGGCAUCACGACCGUGCCCGCCCUGCCCAGGUCCCUCGUGUCCCUGUCGCUGAGCCACACUAACAUCCUGGUGCUAGACCCCACCCACUUCGCCGGCCUACACGCCCUGCGCUUUCUGUACAUGGACGGCAACUGCUACUACAAGAACCCCUGCCACCGGACACUGGAGGUGGCCCCGGGCGCCCUCCUUGGCCUGGGCAACCUCACGCACCUGUCGCUCAAGUACAACAACCUCACGGAGGUGCCCCGUCUCCUGCCCCCCAGCCUGGAGACCCUGCUGUUGUCCUAUAACCACAUUGUCACCCUGGCGCCCGAGGACCUGGCCAAUCUGACCGCCCUGCGCGUGCUGGACGUGGGUGGGAACUGCCGCCGCUGUGACCAUGCCCGCAACCCCUGCAUGGAGUGUCCGAAGCACUUCCCCAAGCUGCACCCCGACACCUUCAGCCACCUGAGCCGCCUCGAAGGCCUGGUGUUGAAGGACAGUUCUCUCUACAGACUGGACAACAGAUGGUUCCGUGGCCUGGGCAGGCUCCAAGUGCUAGACCUGAGUGAGAACUUCCUCUAUGACUGCAUCACCAAGACCACGGCCUUCCGGGGCCUGGCCCGGCUGCGCAGCCUCAACCUGUCCUUCAAUUACCACAAGAAGGUGUCCUUCGCCCACCUGCACCUGGCGCCCUCCUUCAGGGGCCUGCUUUCCCUGAAGGAGCUAGACAUGCACGGCAUCUUCUUCCGCUCGCUCAGCGAGACCACGCUUCAGCCGCUGACACACCUGCCCAUGCUACAGAUUCUGCGUCUGCAGAUGAACUUCAUCAACCAAGCCCAGCUCAGCAUCUUCGGGGCCUUCCCGGGCCUGCUCUACGUGGACCUGUCGGACAACCGCAUCAGUGGAGCUGCAAGGCCGGCAGCCACCUUGGGGGAGGCGGACAGUGGGCCGAAGAUCUGGCUGCCGUCCAGGGACCUCGCUCCAGGCCCACUGGACACCCUCAGCUUGGAGGACUUCAUGCUAAGCUGCAAGAACUUCAGCUUCACCUUGGACCUGUCACGGAACAACCUGGUGACGAUCCAGCCAGAGAUGUUUGCCCGCCUCUCGCGCCUCCAGUGCCUGCGCCUGAGCCACAACAGCAUCUCGCAGGCGGUCAAUGGCUCCCAGUUCGUGCCGCUGACCAGCCUGCGGGUGCUGGACCUGUCCCACAACAAGCUGGACCUGUACCACGGGAGCUCGUUCACGGAGCUGCCGCGACUGGAGGCGCUGGACCUCAGCUACAACAGCCAGCCUUUCAGCAUGCAGGGCGUGGGCCACAAUCUCAGCUUCGUGGCCCAGCUGCGCUCCCUGCGCUACCUCAGCCUGGCACACAACGACAUCUGUAGCCGUGUGUCCCAGCAGCUCUGCAGCGCCUCGCUGCAGGCCCUGGAUUUCAGUGGCAAUGCCCUGAGCCAGAUGUGGGCUGAGGGAGACCUCUAUCUCCGCUUCUUCCAAGGCCUGAGAAGCCUGGUCCUGCUGGACCUGUCCCAGAACCGCCUGCAUACCCUCCUGCCAUGUACCCUGGACAACCUCCCCAAGAGCCUGAAGCUGCUGCGUCUCCGUGACAAUAACCUGGGCUUCUUCAACUGGAGCAGCCUGGCCCUCCUGCCCCAGCUGGAAACACUGGACCUGGCGGGAAACCAGCUGAAGGCCCUGAGCAAUGGCAGCCUGCCGUCUGGUACCCGGCUCCGGAAGUUGGACCUCAGCGGCAACAGCAUCGGCUUCGUGACCCCCGGCUUCUUUGUGCUCGCCAAGCGGCUGGAAGAGCUCAACCUCAGUGCCAACGCCCUCAAGACGGUGGAGCCCUCCUGGUUUGGCUCCCUAGCGGGCACCCUGAAAAUCCUAGACGUGAGCACCAACCCGUUGCACUGCGCCUGUGGGGCGGCCUUCGUGGACUUCCUGCUGGAGGUGCAGGCUGCCGUGCCCGGGCUGCCCAGCCGAGUCAAGUGUGGCAGUCCGCGCCAGCUCCAGGGCCGCAGCAUCUUCGCACAGGACCUGCGCCUCUGCCUGGACGAGGACCUCUCCUGGGACUGUUUUGGCCUCUCCCUGAUGGUGGUGGCCCUGGGCCUGGCUGUGCCCAUGCUGCACCACCUCUGCGGCUGGGACCUCUGGUACUGCUUCCACCUGUGCCUCACCUGGCUGCCCCGGUGGGGGCAGCGGCGGGGCGCAGAUGCCCUGUUCUACGAUGCCUUCGUGGUCUUCGACAAGGCACAGAGUGCAGUGGCCGACUGGGUGUACAACGAGCUGCGGGUGCAGCUGGAGGAGCGCCGUGGGCGCCGGGCACUCCGCCUAUGCCUGGAGGAGCGUGACUGGCUACCCGGCAAGACGCUCUUUGAGAACCUUUGGGCCUCGGUCUACAGCAGCCGCAAGACCUUGUUUGUGCUGGCCCACACGGACCGGGUCAGCGGCCUCUUGCGUGCCAGCUUCCUGCUGGCCCAGCAGCGCCUGCUGGAGGACCGCAAGGACGUCGUGGUGCUGGUGAUCCUGCGCCCCGAAGCCUACCGCUCCCGCUACGUGCGGCUGCGCCAGCGCCUGUGCCGCCAGAGCGUCCUCCUGUGGCCCCACCAGCCCAGUGGCCAGGGCAGCUUCUGGGCCCAGCUGGGCACAGCCCUGACCAGGGACAACCGCCAUUUCUACAACCGGAACUUCUGCCGGGGCCCCACGACAGCCGAAUAGCACAGAGCAACAGCCCAGCGUGCCUCAUCGCCCCACCUCUACUUGCCCCUCUGCCUGGGAUGCCCCAACCUGCCUUGCUCUGCGAGACCACUGCUCUGCCUCCCCCUCCCCUCAGCUCCCUGGAAUAUAGCAGGCACUUAAUAAAUGCUACCGGAGGGCCAACCCCUAA